CUCGAAUUCUUCUGGGGUCCUAGCAGAGUCUGUUGCAAGUUUGAUAAUCUGAACUGAUUUCUUUACGAUUAGACAUCUGCUCGUGAAAUCCUAAUCACUGGUAUAUAUAAGGCGUCAAAACGAACUCCUAAAAAUCAACAUUCAAGAUGGCUCUCCGCUCUUUCGUUGAUUUCGCGCUAUUUCUUCUUGUUGCUAUUAUGGCUGUUCCCGGGUUCUCCGCCCCUGUGAACGGUACAGCGUUCGCUGGACUCAGUGGAAACGCACGGAGCAUCCUAGAGCAAGCCACCCCUGGUGCACCGCAUUGGGUUGUGUAUGCUGAUGCUUAUAUGUGGGGAGUUACUGGACCACCAGCAGUGUCUGAAGUUAGGGACUUCAACGUCUUUGCACUUUCUUUCCUUCUUUUAGAGGGGGCAUGGGAUAAGGCCUACGAAUGGACAACGCUUACAAGUUCGGAGAGAUGUGCCAUUAAAUCAGAGUAUGCCGCCGCUGGCAUCUCACUCAUAGUGUCUGCCUUUGGUUCCACUAAUGUUCCAACUACUACGGGGGCAGAUCCGGUCGCGACUGCCAAUACCAUGGCUGCAUGGGUCAUUGAGUAUGACCUGGAUGGCAUAGAUAUUGAUUACGAAGACUUUUACGCCAUGAACUCAGGUACAGCCGAGGCCUGGUUGACGAGUUUCACCACCCAGCUGCGGGUGAAUCUUCCUCUGGGAUCCUACAUCAUCUCUCAUGCUCCUGUUGCUCCCUGGUUCACGCCGACCUAUUAUCCUGGAGGCGGGUACUUGAAAGUACACGCGGACGUUGGAAACUUGAUUGAUUGGUAUAACGUCCAAUUUUAUAACCAGGGAGACACUGAAUACACCACCUGCAGCGGGUUACUGACUACUUCGUCUGAGACAUGGCCCCAAACCUCCUUAUUCCAGAUCGCUAACAGUGGUGUCCCUCUUGAGAAAUUAGUCAUCGGAAAGCCAGCGACGGCUGGCGAUGCAGGCAGUGGUUAUAUGACCACCUCAACUCUGGCAACUUGCUUACAGGACGCGAAGAAUCAAGGAUGGAAUGGCGGCGCAAUGGUGUGGGAGUAUCCUUACGCUGGAGAAUCCUGGAUCACUGAGGUUAGGUCCCUUUCAUGGCCUGUUCUCUAUCCCCCAGUUCCUGUGUAGUCUGUAUGAAUUUUGUUGGAUUAGCAAGCAGGAGCUCCGUCGUAUCCCGCCGGCCGAGCUCAAUAUCCUUUUAUGUCGGGAUGGACAAUAUAUACUGAAUAUGGACAGUCGAGCAUCCUCACCGCAUUUCUGCUUACCACGGAUGGU